AUGACUAACUCAAUCGGAACACCAGAGAUUGUUUGGGAAACAAUUUGGGAACAUUUGUCUGAAGAUGCCGAAUAUCAUCUAAGAAAGACUUUGCAAAAACCAGAUUUGGUGCUAAACAAUAGCGACAAAAGAAAUUUUGCCUUAAUUGAGAUUGAGAAGAUCUUAUCUGCUAUGGGUAAGAGUUUGAGUGACUUUGCUCCUAUGCCAACACCAAAUAUUAACAUGUACACCGUGGUAACAAAUCGAUUGAUACAAGAGGAAUUGGCAUAUGAUUGCGAUAGUAUGAAGUUUGAGAACCAGCUGCUAGUUAAACAACUAAAUAAAGAGCAAAGGGAGAUAUAUGAUGAGAUUAUUGAUGAUAUCGAGAAUAACAGUGGAGGGUUGUUCUUUGUAUAUGGUUAUGGUGGAACUGGUAAGACUAUUUUGUGGAAUGCAUUGUUUUUAGGUUUAAGGUCUAAGGGUGCGAUUGUUUUAAAUGUUGCUUCAAGCGGUACUCUUUUAGCAGAGUUAAUUAUUCGUUGCAAAUUGAUCAUAUGGGAUGAAGCACCUAUGAUGCACAAACAUUGUUUUGAAGCUUUAGAUAGAACUAUGAGAGAUUUGUUAAGGUGUAAGAAUCCAAAUAGUUUAGAUACGACCUUUGGUGGGAAAACUGUUGUUUUUGGGGGAGAUUUCAGGCAAAUAUUACCAAUAGCUCAAAUUGGUGAUGGAGUUCUUGGUAAUUCCAGAGACAGAGACUUUGAAAUCACCAUUCCAAAUCAGUUUUUACUUGAAACUAAUGGUGACCCAAUUGCUACCAUUGUUGAAAGUACUUUCCCUAGAUUUCGAAGUGGUAACAAUGAUACUACAGAUCUACAGCAUAGUGCUAUUUUGGCUCCAACUCUUGACGUCGUGGAUAGCAUCAAUCAGUUCAUGAAUGAUCAUAAUUCGGGUGAAGGUAAAACUUAUCUAAGGUGUGAUUCUGAAUGCAAGUCAAACUCCAACGGGGAUAUGUUAUCAGAUUUGCACACUCCUGAGUUUUUAAAUGGUUUGCGCUGUUCUGGAGUACCAAAUCAUUCUCUUACUUUAAAAGUUCAAUCACCAGUUAUGCUAUUAAGAAAUAUUGACCACAGUUUAGGAUUGUGUAAUGGUACGAGACUUAUUCUUACAAGGUUGGCGGAUCAUGUGUUGGAAGGUCAGAUCAUGUGUGGAAUGAAUGCAGGAGCAAAGGUUUUAAUUCCCAAGAUGUCAUUAACACCUUCAGAUAUCAUAUUGCCAUUUAAAUUUCAAAGGAAACAAUUUCCGUUGAUGCUAUCUUAUGCCAUGACAAUAAAUAAGAGUCAAGGACAAACACUUACAAACGUGGGUUUGUUAUUGAAGAAGCAUGUGUUCAACCAUGGUCAAAUGUACCUGGAGGUCUCCAGAGUAAGCAGUCCAAGGGGAUUCAAAAUUUUGAUUGCUGGUGAAAAUGUACCAUUCCAAAAUACAACUACAAAUGUUGUGUAUAAAGAAAUUUUUAAUAAUGUCUAA